AUGACUUGGGGUGCCCCCAGCCUUCAUCCUCUCUCUCUUCUCCUUCUGCUCCUGGUGCUCACUGGGGCUUCUUGGCAGGCUCCCCAUUCUCCUCAGUCCAUCCAGGUACAGUGCCUGGAAUCCCAUUUGGUGGUCAGUGUCCAAAGAGAUCUGUUUGGCACCGGGAAGCUGGUUAAAGCAAAGGACCUUCGCCUGGGCCCAGGGGGCUGCAAGCCUGCAACUUUGCAAGAAGAUGCCCAAGAAGUCACUUUUGAGGUUGGCCUCCAUGAGUGUGGCAGCAUCACGCAGGUAACUUCAGAUGAGCUGAUAUACCGCACAAGCCUGUUCUACCACCCAAGCCCAGAAGGAAAUUUGACCAUCUUAAGGACUAAUCAGGCAGAAGUUCCCAUCGAGUGUCACUAUCCUAGGUGGGGCAAUGUAAGUAGCAGAGCUGUCCAGCCUACGUGGGUCCCCUUCAGGUCUACCAUAGCCUCCGAAGAGAAGCUCAGCUUUUCUCUUCGCCUGAUGAACCAUAACUGGACUUCUGAGAGUCCCUCAGCUGGGUUCCAGCUGGGUGACAUAGCCCAUCUCCAGGCUGAAGUCCAUACAGGCAGUCAUGUGUCCCUGAGGCUCUUUGUUGACAGCUGUGUGGCCACCCUGAGCCCAGACAAGGACUCGGAGCCCCGUUAUGGUAUCAUUGACCACCAUGGGUGCCUGGUAGAUGGUCUUUCUGACUCCUCUUCAGCCUUCAGAGCCCCCAGGCCUAUGCCAAACACUCUCCAGUUCACAGUGGACUUGUUCCACUUCGUCAGUGAUCCUCGGAAACUUAUCUAUAUUACAUGUCAUCUGAAGGUCUCUGUCAUUGACCAAGAGCCAGACCAAACAAACAAGGCCUGUUCCUUCAACAAGUCCACUAAUAGCUGGUUUCCAGUAGAAGGCCCUCCUGACAUCUGCAGAUGCUGUAGUUCCAAAGACUGCGGAACUCCAAACCGGUCCAGGAGACGACUUCCCGCAGACGGCAUCUCUGCCAAGCCCUGGAAGAGGACGGCUCCCCUCCAGCAGCUGCCAGUGAGGGAAGCAGACGUCACCGCUGGGCCUGUGUUCUUGGCAGUGAAUGUCAGUCACCACACCCCACAGGAGCCCAACCCGGAUUUCAUGGAAAAGUACGCAGCCUUUGGCCUGGGCCUGUCUCUGAUUGCUGCUCUGGCUCUUGCCUUAGUCAUCAUGGCCCUGGUUCUCCUCUGUAGGAAACGCAGCAGUGCCUCUUGA